CCUCUGACACUGAAAAAAAAUUCCAGUUAUGAGGGAUACCUGGGGUCUUGCUGUCAUGGUGUUAGUAAGUGCUUGAUAAAUGGCAUUAUAAUGUGCAGUUGUAAAGGCUGCAAAUGAAGAGAUACACCUUUUUGUGCAUUGCAGUCAUCUAGUAGCUAAAUGGGAUGCUUGAGCAUUUAGAUCUUUUAUGUCUUUAAAGACAUUUCACGCGUUACGUAAUUCAGAAAGUUUUUCUUCGGACUCCAAGUAAUUUCCAGCCAAGUGAUAGAAGAGUCCAAAUUUGACAAAAUUAAAUCAACACCGAAUUCGGCUCGCUCCUUGCACUUUCCUAUUUGAUUCCGGAAUACACUGGUCUUCCUGCUUUUCAAAAUGGUGAUUUUCAGAUGUUUCCGGUUAUGUAUCCUGCAAUUAUCCCAGGUUUAACUUCAUUGCAAAAUCAGGAACAGACGAAUCGUGGGGCAGGAAUUUAUGCUGUCCCUGCUAUACCAUUUAUGGGACGUAUUGCUGGACUUCCAUCUAACAAUCUCAUUCCUCUCACCUAUAAUCUACCUAUUCGGCCUGUGACGGAGGCAGGGGCAGCAGUUGAGGAGCAAGGGCAAGGAGCACAACCGCAACGUCAACAGCAGCAGGCAGGACCUCCAAGACAAGUUGUUGUAAGAAGAUUCCAAAUUGCAUUUCAGCUGGAUUGGUUGCUUCUACUUAAGCUAGCAGCUGUAAUGUUUUUGUUCAACCAAGAUGGAUCUAGACAGAGGCUGGCUGUCCUUGUGUUCUUUGCUUCACUUGUCUAUUUAUAUCAAACUGGAGCUCUUACACCGUUGAUAAGGUGGCUUUCACAAGGCAUGCAGAGGGCAGCUGCUCCUCCUCAUCCACCGAGACCUGCUGCCAGAGCAGAGAAUGUUCCUGCUGCUGGAAGGCAGGGCAAUGAAAAUGCUGCUUUGGCUGAGGGACAAGCAGGAGCAGAGAAUGAGAACCAGCCAGCAGAUGAUGGCAAUCGGGUGGUUGAGAAUGAGAAUGCGGCAGACCCUGGUUUAGAAAAUGGCGGUAAUCACUGGUGGGGAAUUGUUAAGGAAAUCCAGAUGAUUGUCUUUGGCUUCAUCACGUCCCUUCUGCCAGGCUUUCACAACUUAGAAUAGAUCAUACUUUAGUCCCUUCUUCCAGGCUUUCACAAACAUAGAAUACAUCAUACUUUAGCGAAUGACUAAGCCUUCUGAACCAAUUCAAUUGCAGGCAAAAUUGUUCUUUAACUUUUCCUUGGAAAUAAAUGCAAAAAAAAAAAAAAAAAGAAAGAAAUUGAUUAUUUUAUGUACUACUAUAACACUUAGCAGCGCAGUCAUCGCGUGGUUCUCGGUAAUUAUGGCUUUUUGAAUAUGGUCCUCUGUAAGAGGCCUUUCUGUUGUGGUUUAUAAAUAGGGGGCAUGCUUUUUGUCUUGUGCAGUUUUGGGUAUAAGAGGGAUUGGAUCUUCUUUUAUGGGUGGAUGAUCUUUUCUUGACGGAGUGGGGUCAUUGCUGUUAUUUCUUACUAUAUCUUUAUUUUUUUUUUGGAUAAUUUGCUUACGAGAUAUCUUCAUUGUUUACUCGUGUCAAAAUAUGAAUCUCGAAUGCAUUUGCCCAAACCAAGAAAAAAAAAUAAUUGCCCACCGUUAUUCUUAUUAUUUUUUCAUAAACGAUGUCGUAACUUGAGGAAAAGAAAAUUAGUUGUUGAAAUUUAGACUUCGGUUAGAUGUUACUAUAUUUUUUAAAAGUGGUUGUAUGAAAUAAAUUAAUUAAAUUUAAAGCUUCACCCACUUUUUUUAAAAAAAAGUUUAGGGUCUCACCGUUAUCUGGUUUGUGGUGGCUAAUAUUGUCGUGGUUCAUAUUACAAAGUUAAAGAGAAGAAAAAACAAUUAUUUUCAUAACUUUUUGGGAAUGUUAGAU